AUGGGUGAGACUAUCCGCGAGUUCCUCCGCGAGCAGUACCGCACCCUGCCCAUGCUCGCAACGGUCGAGACGUGCCGGGGCAGGGCAUACAUCGUGACAGGGUCCAACAUCGGCAUCGGCCUCGCAACAGCGCAGAACCUCGUGCGUCUGGAAGCCUCUCGAGUAAUCCUAGCCGUGCGCAACGUCGAGGCCGGCGAGGCGGCGCGGCGCCAGAUCGACGCCGCCACCAACACUGCGGGCGUCGCCGAGGUCUGGCAUUUGGACCUCGCGAGCUACGAUAGCGUGAAAGCGUUUGCGCAGCGUGCGGCGGAAAACCUGGAGAGGCUGGACGGGCUGAUCGAGAACGCGACGACUGCGCUGGAUCGGUGGACUGCCGCUGAGGGCAUGGAGACGACUAUCACGGUGAAUGUGUUCUCGACACUGCUGCUGGCUGUGCUGCUGUUGCCCCUCAUGAUGCAGACGGCGCGGCGGCACGAGAACGUGCCGCACCUGGUCGUCGUUACUAGCAACCUGGGCUUCGCGCGGCGUGCGCAGCUGGAGGAGAUAGAGGACGACGUGUGGUCUGGGUUGAGCGACGAGACGACGUCGGAUAUGGACAGCAGGUACGGUCUCUCGAAACUGAUACAAAUAUUCGCCGUGCGGCAGUUCGCGACCCUGGCGGCGCCAGCGCGAACGGGCGUCGUCGUCAACCUCAUCAGCCCCGGUCUGUGCAAGAGCGGCCUGGUGCGGUACGCCAAGCUCAGCACGCGCCUCACGAUCGGCGCCAUGACAGCUGUUGUUGGGCGGACGGCGGAGAUGGGCAGCCGAUCGGUCUUGCACGCCGCGGUCGCGGGGGAGCAGAGCCACGGGAAGCUCUUGUCGGACUGCAAGAUCAAGGACUAUUAUAUCCCUACAUGGGUGACGGAUGCGAAGGGGACGGCAAUGCAGAAGCAGCUGUGGGAUAACGUCGCGAAGAGGUUGGAGACCAUUGAGCCUGGGUGUGUAAGCCGCAUAUUAUAG